AGCUAAUAAGAGAGAUAGAAGGGAAGAGAGUCACCUCCCAAAAUCCCCCCAUUGAAAAAAUAAAAAUAACACAAAAAACUCUCAACUAUUUGUUCAUAUAUUCAUCCACUCUCUUUCCCCAUAGACAAAAACCAAAAUUCCCAUUCCCUUUUAUCUCUAUAAAUCCUUUGAGGAAUAUCCCAUCCCACUCUCUCUGCCUUUUGAUCAAAACCCCACUUCUCUGCUCUUUCAUUUGAUCCAUUUUUUUCUGUUUUUGUCUUAAGAAAAAACGUCAAAUUCUCUGCAAAUUUGUUGACGGAUGCAGAUGAUGGGUUUUCAGGAAUCGUGGGUUGCUCCGAUAUGUAAUUCUUCGUUUCCUAGUUGUUGGGUCUCGAUCUCUGGGUCGAUCAUAAUGUAGAAUUGACAAAGCUUGUUGAGCAUGUGAUUGUGUUCUGUUUCUGCUGGAUUCUGUCUCUUUGAUUACUUUUGAUGUUUGAUCAAGUUUUUGUAAAUGGUUUUUUGAUUCCUCCGAUGAUUUUCUGAUCUGGGUUUGUCAAAAGUUUUGAUUUUACAGGACAAUUAUCUGUAAACCCCUGUUAUUUGUAUAAAAAUAUGGAGGUUGGUUUUGCUUGCUUGGGUUAUUUUGAUCGGGUUAAUCUGACCCGAAUCAGUAAAAACGAGUUUACAUGGAUUAAAUUUUGUAUUUUGAUGUCAAAACUCUUUCCUUUUUUUGGUUGUCUUUUGCCGGUGGGAAUAUCCAUUUGUGGAAGACUAGUAUUCUUCUCCUCAAAGUUUCCAUCUUUUGGUGUUCCUCAAGUGUGCUCUACUAUUUUGAGGUUUGGGGUUUCUUUGUUGACCCCCUUGAUUCGGAAAGUCGGAAAAUUUUCAGUUUCUGGUCUGAUCGAACUGUGAUCAAAUGAUCGGGCUGUGAAUUUCUCUGGUUUGUCGAAUUUUGCAGAUGUUUGAUGUUAUGACAUGUUGAUAGGACAUAACUUGUUGCAUUAUUUGUUCUUGCACUUGCUGUCAUGCUUUAUAGGUAUGUUUUUUUUUAUUUGUAGGUUUUGAGACUUGAAGUUGUUGAUCAAUAACAUAAUUAUCGAGGUAGAUACCGCGGCGUAGAUUAUCUGCAAUUUAGAACUCCUUUGCAAAGCUUGGCCACUGUGAACUUUGGCAGUGCCAAAUGGAUGCCACUGCGAGCGGAACCCCAACUAUACAAUACCAUAACAUUCCUGACCAGCCAAUUACCACUAUUGUUGCCACUCCUGUACCAACAUUUGAAAGGCGGCAACGCCAUUGCUCCGGGACCUCCACCCCCGGAGAGUUCCCUUUAGCUGCAAACCCCUCCAUUGUCCUCCAUGUCCUUACUGCCUGCAAUUUGGAUCCUCAAGACCUUGCAAAGUUAGAGGCAACAUGUUCCUUUUUUAGGCAUCCUGCGCACUUUGCUCCUGACUUUGAAUUGUCCAUAUCCGAGCUAGCUGCUCUGGACAUGUGCCGAAAAAGAGCUAUAUUUAAGCCAAUGACAGCCGAACAGCGUCAAGAAUUGAAGCAAAGAUGUGGGGGUUCAUGGAAACUUGUCCUGAGGUUUUUGUUGGCUGGAGAGGCAUGUUUCCGAAGGGAGAAAUCACAGGCAAUAGCAGGGCCCGGUCACAGCAUUGCUGUGACUUCGAAAGGAACUGUCUACUCAUUUGGCUCAAACAGCUCAGGACAGCUCGGACAUGGCACAACUGAAGAGGAAUGCCGGCCUAGGCCAAUCAGAUCUCUGCAAGGCAUUCGAAUUAUUCACGCAACUACUGGGGCUGGCAGGACAAUGCUGAUCAGUGACGCUGGGAAAGUUUAUGCCUUUGGAAAGGACUCUUUUGGCGAAACUGAGUACGGGGUUCAAGGAUCAAAUCUUGUUACCACUCCACAGUUGGUUGAGUCUUUGAAAGACAUAUUUGUGGUACAAGCUGCAAUUGCAAAUUUCUUCACGGCUGUGUUGUCACGAGAGGGCAGGGUGUAUACAUUUUCUUGGGGCAGCGAUGGCAAACUUGGUCACCAAACUGAGCCAACUGAUGUUGAGCCCCAUCCUUUAUUGGGGGCACUUGAGAAUGUACCUGUGGUGCAAAUUGCAGCUGGAUACUGCUACCUUCUUGCUCUGGCUUGUCAACCUAAUGGCAUGUCAGUUUACUCUGUUGGCUGUGGCUUGGGUGGGAAGCUUGGACACGGUUCAAGAACUGAUGAGAAGCACCCCCGACUUAUUGAACAAUUUCAGGUUUUGAACCUUCAGCCGAUGGUGGUUGCUGCCGGAGCUUGGCAUGCCGCUGUGGUGGGGCAGGAUGGACGUGUCUGCACCUGGGGUUGGGGUCGUUAUGGCUGCUUGGGUCACGGGAAUGAAGAAUGUGAAUCAGUUCCCAAGGUUGUGGAAGCAUUGAGCCAGGUGAAAGCGGUGCACGUUGCUACAGGGGAUUACACAACCUUUGUGGUUUCGGAUGUCGGUGAUGUGUACUCAUUUGGUUGUGGAGAAUCAGCUAGUCUUGGACAUAGUACUGCUGCCGAUGGACAGGGAAAUAGGCAUGCAAAUGUGUUGGCACCAGAGCUAGUGACAUCGCUGAAGCAAGUGAAUGAGCGGGUUGUACAGAUCAGUCUCACCAAUUCCAUAUACUGGAACGCCCACACUUUCGCACUAACCGAAUCAGGGAAGCUAUACGCAUUUGGGGCCGGAGACAAAGGGCAACUAGGCAUUGAACUUGUUGCCAACCAGACCGAAAGGGGAAAGCCAGAGCUGGUCGAUAUUGAUCUCAGAUAGAGUUCAUCAAUAUCGUCGGCAUUCCUGGCCACACCAUAAUGCUCUAUCCUCUAAUUUAUCAUCAUAACUCAUUGCAUUUGAUGUUUGCAUUCCCAUGUCUAUUGUGUACAUAGAAACAAAAAAUUGUGAAGUUUAAAGGUUAUUAGGUUAAUAGGGGCCUAAACCAGAUUGCUAAAUGGUUGUUUAUAUCUGAAAAUUUGGCUUGCUCUUAGGCUUCAGCUAGUUGUUGAUAGCAGAUGAUACAUUUGUCAAGGUUUAUUUCAUGACUUAUUUUAUCUCAAGAUUAAAUUUAUAAUUUA